GUGAUUUUCGGGCAGGGGCAAGGAGGGGCGGGCGAGAGACGGCGGUUUAAAGAGCGCUCGCCUGCGGGGGCCAGGCGGCGUGGCAGGAAGGGAGCGAAGCAGCAGCGAGUGGCAGCAACAAGGGAAAGCAAUAGGAAUAGUGUGGUGGUGUCAGUGCGUGCUCAGUGAUGAGGCAGUGAUGAAAAGCCAGGACGAUGACAGCAAGCACGACCCCCGAAAAGCGCGCGACGUGAACGGACCUGAUCGGAGCGUGGCGACCACCUGCGCUGCGGCAGUGUGCGGCGGCGGCGUUGGCUGCAUCGGCGGCGGCGGCGUCGUGCGAUGGCGCUCAACCUGCUGAGCAAGGAGCGCGCCAACAACGUCCCCAAAUCCAAGAAGGACAGGUGGCCCUUCUGGUUCUUCUUCACGCGCAGGAAGAAGCGGACGCCGGAGAAGGCGGGGGUGGGGCGGAUGGCGGCGACAGAGGGCCAGAUACGCUUUAGUGGCCACACCCUCGACAAGGCUACGAAGGCCAAGGUCACACUCGAGAAUUAUUACUCCAACCUCAUCGCACAGCAUCUCGAGAGAAAACAGAGACAUGAUAAACUGGAGGAGACGAUGAAGGAGGAAGGCCUCUCGGAGGACCAGAAGCAGGAGAAGAGGCAGCAGCAUGCACAAAAGGAGACGGAAUUCCUUCGGCUCAAGAGGUCCCGGCUGGGGGUCGAGGACUUCGAGGCGCUGAAGGUCAUUGGGAGAGGAGCCUUUGGGGAGGUACGAUUGGUGCAGAAAAAAGAUACUGGCCACGUCUAUGCCAUGAAGAUUCUACGAAAAGCGGAUAUGUUAGAAAAAGAGCAGGUUGCCCAUGUAAGAGCUGAGCGAGAUGUCUUAGUAGAGGCAGACCAUCAGUGGGUCGUCAAGAUGUUUUAUUCGUUUCAAGAUCCGGUCAAUCUUUAUCUUGUCAUGGAGUUCCUUCCAGGCGGUGAUAUGAUGACCCUCCUAAUGAAAAAGGACACGUUAUCAGAGGAGUGUACACAGUUCUAUAUAGCAGAAACUGCGCUUGCUAUAGACUCCAUUCAUAAACUAGGCUUUAUUCAUAGAGAUAUCAAACCUGACAAUCUCUUAUUAGAUGCCAGAGGACAUAUAAAGUUAUCUGAUUUUGGUUUAUGCACAGGACUGAAGAAGUCCCAUCGUACAGAAUUUUAUAAAGAUCUCAGCCAAGCCAAACCAUCAGAUUUUACCUCCAAUCCUAUGGAUUCAAAACGGCGGGCGGAGAGCUGGAAGAAAAACCGAAGGGCUCUUGCCUACUCAACUGUGGGAACCCCAGACUACAUUGCACCAGAAGUGUUCAUGCAGACUGGCUAUGGGCCGAGCUGUGACUGGUGGAGCCUUGGCGUUAUAAUGUACGAGAUGCUUAUAGGUUACCCACCAUUUUGUAGUGAAAACCCCCAAGAAACCUACAGGAAAGUGAUGAGUUGGCGGGAAACCUUGGUGUUCCCCCCUGAGGUUCCUAUCUCAGAGCAGGCACGAGAAACAAUCACACGAUUAUGCUGUGAGAGUGAGCGGAGGGCAGGAUCUCAACAUGGGAUCGAGGACCUCAAAAGCAUGAAGUUCUUCCAGUUUGUGGAUUGGGAACACUCAAGGGAGCGGCCUUCUGCCAUCGCAGUUGAAGUCAAAUCUAUUGACGACACGAGCAACUUUGAUGAAUUCCCGGGAGUUGACCUGAAGCUUCUUUCAGGGGCUUCACUAAGUCUGGAACUAGGAAGCCAACAUCACAAAUCUGCACCGCCGCCAGCUAAGGAGGGGGAGGCAGGCUACAAGGACUGGGUCUUCAUUAACUACACUUACAAAAGAUUCGAAGGCCUAACGCAGAGAGGGUUAGUGCGCCCCAGCAAGCAGAAAUAAAGUGCCGACCAGCUAGGAAGUACAUUCAUUCAUCGGCAAGCAAAUCUUAAGAGGAAUAUAGAACCUAAGGCCAAGGCUAUUAUUAAUAAUCAAGAAGGUUUGUGAAAACAGACAUUUUGGCCUGGGUAAUGCAACAACAGAAUCAAGUGAUGAUCAAUAUACCACUGGAAUACAACAUUUUGUCAAAAAGAGUUUUGUGACUUCUUUCUUUCUGUUGAAUACAAAAUUGCAGCUGUUCUUGGUGUAUUGUGAUCUGACAGACUACGAGACAGCUGUUUGUUCUGUCGUAGUGUUAUAUUUAACCUGGAAAAACACAGCUGUUUGUUGUGGAUUAAAUGUGACACAUGGAAAUCAUAAAUCUUUGCUGAGUGAUGGCUUUAAUGUGAUCUUUUAUGUAAGCCACUGUUAUUUUUACUUGUUUUUCUUUGUGAAUUUGAUAUGAUUUUUAAUUGAAGAAAAAGAGUAAAGUGAGAAAUUGGAUAUCUGAUCAAGAAAGGAUUGUUGGGAGAGAAGGAUUGAGAUGGAAAGAAGGGUUAGAGUGUAUCGAGUGCCAUGAGUUAGUGAGGGCCAGCUGGAAGGAAGGAAGGAAGGAAAGAGAGAGCAAGAGAGAGAGAGAGAGAGAGAGAGAGAGAGAGAGAGAGAGAGAGAAGGAAGAG